CGAUCAAACAAGUCGUUGAAGCCGUCUUCUUCGUGUCUUCUCACUUUUAGCGAGCUUAGCUGAGUAAUCAUAUCUACAUACGAGUAUAUACCUGAGGAGGACGUAGAUACGUGUAUAUAUGUAUUCGCAACCCACCUCUCUAUCUAAUGGAGUGAAGAUGAAAUUCGAUUAGAAACACAAGCUUCAAAUUGCCCGUCUUUCGAAAUUUUUGCCAUGUUCUGCUGGGGGACUUGUGAAUAAGCUAUCAUCAGCUCAGCACUACGCUCUGUACCUUCUAGCUGCCAUGUAUAUUCAUAAUUUGAAUUUGUGAAAGUAGUGCCUCGGCAGUUGAUGCGAUUUACUGCAACAAUAGUUGCCGUCUUCUCGUUGUCUUUUUUUUUAUUUCAAAGUGUUUUUGUUUUUUCUUCAUAUCUUCAUAUAACUUCUCAUUCGAGAUUUUUAUUUUAGUAAAUUAAUAUGCUUUUGGAUCUGCACUAGAAAGUCAAUUCCCGGAGAUGAUGAGAUGCGCAAUGGGAAAUAAUGAGAACUCUUGGUCUUGGAGAUGGCUUUGUUUUAAUAGUUGCUUUUGAUCUUGGUCUUCGUUUUUGUUUUCGUGGUAGUAGUCAAACCGGCGAAAUUGUUUCUUUUAGUCUUAAGAAGAGUCGUCAUCAUGCCGUCAUGGUUCAAAAAGCAUUUGACUUGUUUUAAACGUCAAUCAAGCGAUUUAGUUGAAAAACCCCAUUCUAACUACGAUGACGACGGCAAUGGUAACGCAAACGACGAAGACAAUGUCAACAAGAACAACAAAAACCAAAACGACGAUACAGACGGAGAUGCAGAUGAGGAUAUAUCCUGUGACCUUAAUGGUAACAAUGCCGAAGCAUUGCAAUUUAAAAAGUGUGAUAUUGUAAAUAGAAAUGCGACUUUUACCCGCCGCCGCCGACCUACGGCUGGGAACUCAGGUUUAACAAAAAUUUACUCUCCUCGGCAGGACAACGACAAAAGCAAUAAUAAUGCGAUUGUUGUUUCGAGAUAUUUAAUUAGUGACAUUAACCAAGGCAACGACCAAGGCCGAGUGCAUCCAGCAGUGGUAUCGAAAAUAAAUGAAGCAUCACGGUCAUUUACUGUUGAAUGGUAUGAACGAGGCGAAACAAAAGGCAAAGAAGUCGAAUUGGAUGCCAUAUUACAAUUGAACGAGGAUAUUGUACAGGAGCGGCAUGCUCCCCCCGAACCAAAGAUUCCAGCUCCAACACCAAUACAAGUUUCAGCGCCAAUGAAUUUAUCAAGAGAGCCAUCGCAUUCUUCGAUCGAAGAGGAAGACGAAGAGGACGAUGAAGACCUAGAAGAUAACGAUGGAGUCGAUCAGAUGCGCACCAGCAUUGGAGGUACCAGCCAGUCGGGUGGAACUGGAGGCAGUGGUGGCAGCGGUGGCGGGGGUACCUUGCCCAUUCGGCAAAGUAAUUCUAGGCUCACAUCGAAUGCAACACAUGGGGCAAUUCGGAUGUUGAACAAUGUUCAAAAUGGACAUCGCACAAAUCGGACAACACUAUCUCAGAGUGCUCUUAACACCAACGGCCAGAGUGAGCACGCUGAGAAUAUCCCUCCACCUUCAGGUAUCGCAAGGUCACGGACAACCAACAAUACAAGAAACAUGACGACAACGACUGCCAGUUCCUCUGUGACGAAUAAUAACGCCGGUCCACGGCGUUCGUAUGUUGUCAAGGAAGUUGAACGUUUAAAAGAGAACCGUGAGAAACGUCGAGCUCGUCAAGCUGAACUCAAGGAGGAAAAAACUGCUUUGAUGAACUUGGAUCCUGGAAAUCCGAAUUGGGAAACUGCUGCAAUGAUUCGGGAAUAUCAAAAUAAUUUGGAUUUCCGACCAUUGACUGAUGGUCAAAUGAUUGAAGAUCAUCAAAUUACGGUUUGUGUCCGAAAGCGUCCACUAAGUCGAAAGGAGAAUAUGCGGAAAGAAAUCGAUGUGAUAUCAGUGCCUUGCAAGGACACGCUUAUUGUACACGAGCCUAAAAACAAGGUCGACUUGACCAAGUUCCUUGAGAAUCAUAAAUUCCGUUUUGAUUUUGCCUUCGAUGAACAAUGUAAUAAUGAAAUGGUCUAUAAAUAUACAGCAAAACCAUUGGUUAAGACGAUUUUCGAUGGAGGAAUGGCAACAUGUUUUGCUUAUGGCCAGACAGGUUCUGGUAAAACUCAUACUAUGGGUGGUGAAUUUAAUGGAAAAAUACAAGACUGUAAAAAUGGUAUUUAUGCAAUGGCUGCAAAGGAUGUAUUCGCCUAUUUGAAUGGGACACGCUAUCGUAAUUUGAAUUUAGUGGUGUCGGCGAGCUUCUUUGAAAUCUACAGUGGAAAGGUCUUUGAUUUGCUCUCCGAUAAGCAAAAGCUUCGAGUACUCGAAGAUGGCAAGCAACAAGUCCAAGUAGUCGGCCUUACUGAAAAAGUCGUCGACAGUGUUGAGGAGGUCCUUCGAUUAAUUCAACAUGGCAACAACGCACGAACAUCCGGCCAAACUUCGGCCAAUUCAAAUUCCUCCCGAUCGCAUGCCGUAUUUCAAAUUGUACUCCGGCCGCCAGGCUCAACAAAAAUCCAUGGUAAAUUCUCGUUCAUCGAUUUGGCUGGUAAUGAACGAGGUGCAGACACUUCAUCGGCAAACCGACAAACCCGUAUGGAAGGUGCUGAAAUCAAUAAAUCACUGCUGGCACUCAAAGAAUGUAUUCGAGCAUUGGGCAAGCAGAGUGCCCAUUUGCCAUUCCGCGUAUCGAAAUUAACACAAGUAUUGCGAGACUCAUUUAUUGGUGAGAAGAGCAAGACCUGCAUGAUUGCCAUGAUUUCGCCAGGUUUAAGUUCAUGUGAGCAUACACUAAAUACGCUGCGAUAUGCAGAUCGUGUCAAGGAAUUAGUCGUGAAGGAUCCAGAGUUGCGGAACGAUGAUGAUGUUGAAGAGAUGAUGGAGGACGAUGAUCAUAAAAAUGGAGAGAUAAACGAGAAUGAAUAUGCUCAUUUACGCUCCUUGAAUGAACAUGAUAUGUCUGAAGAACUACUAGAUCAACAUGCCGCUAUAUCAGACCUUCAACAAGCUGAAGAGAUUGUCGUAGAUCAACACAAAGCAAUCAAUGAGUUUUUAACACAAUUUUUACCAGAAAGUCAUAAGCUCUAUAAUCUAACUAACUACGUUGACUACGAUCAAGAUACCUAUUGUAAACAGGGUGAGGAACUCUUUACACAGCUAGCUGAAAUUGCAACAAAUUGUCGAGCCUCAAUGGCCGAUUUCAGACGAAAAUUGGCAAAGGAAGAAAUGCUUUCGUGUACCAUGAAGCCAGGAGGAAAACGUUAAGAAUUAACAACAGAAAUAAAUAACUAACAACUUUCUGCAAAUUAUUUUGGUAACACUCAAAUAAACUCUUGAAUAAAAACUAACGCCGCAUUGCUCCACACAACCCCCCGUCUCCAUGUAACUACCAGUUCCAAAAAGAGAUUGUUUGAACAUCAUUAAUCAUUUGCUACUGACCAAGUCGCUGGCCGCCUAUCCAAGAUAACACACACCAUACAAAAGUAAAGAAAAGCAACAAAAAGAAGAAGGACAGCAUGCUGAACAUCCUCCAACACGGGAACCGAUUUUGUUUUCUGUUUUUGAGCUAUCAUUUUAUUUCAUCCCUCAUUUAUAAUUAAUUAUAAUUAAAUUCAUAUUUUUUUUUUAAAUAUAAAUUUUUUCGUUUCUUUAAUUAAUUUCUUUUGUAUCUCUUUGCUUCUCACCUUACCUUCACCGAAAUAAUUUUUCAUUUGAAAUGGGAUGUAAACAGUUUGAUGUCCGCUUUUCUACCAACAAAACAAAUAAGUUACAAGUUCUUGAACCACUCCACAAUUCUCUACAAAAACAUCGCAUGAUCUAUCAUAUCGUUUAGUAUUGUUUUUCUUUAAUUUUUACUAAGUUAAGGGUCCUUUUUAUUCUUAGUCUUAAGUUUGCUAUCAUUUUAGCCCAAAAAUUAAAUAUUGAUGUUGCUUUAAUUCUGUUCUUUUCAAAAAUUCAAACAUUUCAUUAUAAUUUCUGUCCAAAACAACUAUCAUUUGCUUUUGUAAGAUAAAUUAUGAAAAUAUUCUUUUCGAUUUCCCAACUUAUAUUCUGUUGAAAAGAAUAUAAAAUAAAUUUAUUAAAAUCAUAUUCAAAAAGCUAAAAAUAAAAACAUACAUACAUAUUCGUGUAAAGUGCUUAUAAAAUAUAAUUAGAAAAAUAAAAUUUGUAAAAGCUGCUUGAAGAAAAAAAAGUAAAAUAAAAAUUAAAAAUAAACAAACGUGUUAAAAUUGAGUGAAAUGAAAACCAUAAUAAAUUUAUUAAAAGUUAUCUCCAAUCGAAAUACUCAGACUUUACUCGUAUUUACUCGAUUUUAGAUGUUUCGUUUUCGUUUUGUUUCUUUUGUCUAAAAUUUGUUAAUAAGUAAAUGAAAUAUUUUUGUAAAGAAAAUUGAGAAAGUAAAUUUUACUAAGAAGCUAUAAAAAGUAAGGAAUAAAACAUGUUUAAAUAAUAAUUAUUAUUAUUACCUACAUACAAAUUAUUAUAGUACAUAAUAUAUUAAAAACUAAUUCUUUUUCUUUCCAAAUAAUGAGCUAGGCUUUCCUUGUUUUGUUUUAUUUUUUGUUUUUUCUUAAGUUCUUUAAAAUAUUCUAUAUUCUAAAGGUAAAUUACCUAAAAUUCUUUUUGUUUUGUUUUUGAUUGAAAUAUAAGAAACAAAUUAAGCAACAACAACUACACUGUUAAUUUAAUAAUGUUUUUUUUAUAUAUAUUUAUCAUUUCGUCUUCAAAUAAACUAAUAUUUAGUUCAGAACAUUA